UGGGCGCAGGUUGUCGGCGUUUGCGGGGCAUCCUCUUCCCUGUCAUGGGGCUGCUGGAGCUAUGCGAGCAGGUGUUCGGCACCGCCGACCUCUACCAGGUGCUGGGCGUGCGGCACGAGGCUUCCGAGGGUGAGGUCCGACGCGGCUAUCACAAGGUGUCUCUGCAAGUGCACCCCGACCGUGUAGACGAGGACCAGAAAGAGGACGCCACCCGCCGCUUCCAGAUCUUGGGGAGAGUCUAUGCGGUUCUGAGUGACAAGGAGCAGAGAGCAGUGUACGAUGAACAGGGAACAGUGGACGAGGACUCUGCUGGCUUCGACCAAGACCGGGACUGGGAUGCGUAUUGGAGGUUACUCUUUAAAAAGAUAUCGCUAGAGGACAUUCAAGCUUUUGAAAAGACAUACAAAGGCUCUGAAGAAGAGCUGGCUGAUGUUAAGCAAGCCUAUCUGGACUUCAAGGGCGACAUGGAUCAGAUCAUGGAGUCUGUGCUUUGUGUACAAUACACAGACGAACCUAGGAUACGAAACAUCAUUCAACAAGCUAUUGAUGCCAAAGAGGUCCCAUCCUACAAUGCCUUUGUCAAAGAGUCCAAACAAAAGAUGAAUGCAAGGAAAAGGAGGGCUCAGGAGGAGGCUAAAGAGGCAGAGCUGAGCAGAAAGGAGCUGGGACUGCAGGAAGGAGUGGAUAGCCUGAAAGCACUCAUCCAGAGCAGACAAAAGGAUCGGCAAAAGGAAAUGGACAAUUUUCUGGCUCAGAUGGAAGCAAAAUACUGCAAACCUUCCAAAGGGAAAAGAGCAGCUCCCAAGAAGGAAAAGAAAUGAUGGACUUUUCUCAUUAUGGGUCCUUUUGUGUCAGUGGUGCCAGGUUAGACAAGGUGAAGGCAUCCGUUAGCUUAAACUUUGAGAGAAAUUGUUCUGCUUAAAACGUGUGGAUCACUUAAGCCAGACAGGAUUCAUCAACUUGAUCUUAAUGUUCCCUAGAAUUCACCUGACCUUAUGCAAGGGCUUCACAUGAAGGGUAUAGUUGUGAUGGUUGGGAGGGUGGAUUGACUGCAUUUACUUCCAUGGGCCUUCUGCCCAAGGAGCUGAUGUGCACACACCUAAGAGAUUCUAUGUACAGAGAGCACCCUCGGAACACUUACUCAGCAGCUGUCUUAAUAAUCCUCAUAGGUUCUUUUCCUGUUUUACUGUUAAUGUUUUGUCUUCUGUCCUUAUGGUAGGAGAAGUGGGUGUUCAUAUUACUGUAGACUUUUUUUUUUUUUUUUGUAAGAUUGUAUAUGGCUAAAUAAAGAAAAACUUAAAAGGUCUGAUGGAUGAUUUAAAUAACCCAUUGCUCUAGAAAAGUACAGUAUAUAAGCAAUCAAGUCAGCACUACCACAGAUAAGCUGAUUUCUGCAGCAGAAAUGGAUGUCACAGUGCUGUCUUUGUAGGGCUCAGGGUCAGGCAUUUCACUGGGCUUGUCUGUACUUCUCAUCUGUAAGAGUGAGGUCCAAACUCAUUAAUUCGUAUGUACAGCAGGGCAUUUGUGUUACAGUUUGUUUGUUUUGUUGUAGUUGUUGUCUCUCCCCUGCCUUCCCAGAUAGAGUUUCUCUGUGUAGCUUUGGCUGUCCUGGAACUCUGAGAUCACUGCCCACCUCUGCUGGGAUUAAAUAUGUGCUUACCACCAC